AUGCAGGGCAAGUAUCGUUAUAUACUUUUAACUCCGAACUAUUUGCCCGGAGUUCUGAACCCCUAUUUGCUUAGUAUCGUAAAUGUGAACUUCGACUUUUCUGUUUCAGGAAUUCUACUUAUAGUACUAACGCUUUAUGGUUUUAGCGAUGGAGCAUUGCGGAAUUUUAUUUUGUUAAAAAAGCAUUUGAGUAUUGGUGUUAUUCUACCACCAAACACGGUAACGGAAGUGGCCUUCGAAUCAGCUCUUGUUCGUGCUUCCAUGGAAAGUAAAAAGUACAAUUAUGUAAUGAAUAUACGGUACGCGCCGUACGGAGACAGUUUUGCAGCAUCCAAGGCAGCGUGUGAUCUGCUCGCCAGCGGUGUGAUUGCAAUCUAUGGACCCACUGAUCCGUACUCGGCGGACGCCGUCCAGGCACAUUGUCGAGCAGCCGGAGUGCCGCACAUACAAGCAUCUUGGCGACCUCCACCAAUAAGAGGCUAUGAAAUACCCUCUCCGCCAGGCUUCAAUUUAUAUCCCGAAGCCGUAGCUCUGUCAGAAGCAAUGGCACAAUUUGUAAAAGACAGUGACUGGAAUACCUACACUUUUCUUUAUGACGACGAUGAAGGGCUAAUUCGAUUACAGGAAGUUCUUAAAUACGCUCCUUCGACAGACAAGUGGCUGGUAAGAAGACUCAAGAGAGGGGAAGAUAAUAAACAACUGUUAAAAUCACUCAAGGCCCGGGGACAAACUAGAGUGAUUUUGGACUGCCCGUCUGAUAGGGUACUUCAAUAUUUACGACAGGCUCACGAUGUUAAGUUCUUCGAAGAUUACAUGAGUUACGUCCUCAUGUCUUUAGAUGCUCAUACAUUGGACUUGCAAGAACUACGCCAUGGACUUUCAAAUGUUACAUGUUUGAGGAUUUUCGAUCAUUCAGAUUCUAGAACUAUUUCCUACCUAGCUGACUGGAAUUCGAGAAAUCCUAACAAUAUAAAACUUCCUAACGAAACUCACCAAAUUACGGUAGAGGCUGCUUUGGCGACCGACGUCGCGCUGUUAAUAACCGAUUCUGUAGAAAACGCGCCCGAAAACUUUGAAAUUGAACCAGAACCUCUUGAAUGUGAUUCCGAUAAUAAAUGGAAAAUCGGGAGUGAGUUUAACGAAUUAAUACUGACGAACGAAAUAACAGGAAUAACUGGCCAAAUAUCCUUAGACAAUUCAACGGGAGACCGCACCAACUUCGAUGUGGAAAUAAUGGAGCUGUCAAACAGUGGCUUUAAUAAAAUCGCAAAAUGGCGUUCCGAUACAGGAUUCGUACAUUUUCGAAGUGCGAACGAUGUCUCAGACCGUUUAGCAGAAAUAUGGCAAAACAAAACAUUUAAAGUCGUGUCGAGGAUUGGCGCGCCCUACCUCGUCGAAAGAGUGCCUGAAAAAGGAGAAACACUGACAGGGAAUGACCGCUAUGAGGGCUACUCAAAAGAUUUGAUACAUGAGAUAUUGAAGGAAACAUUGCAUCUGAAUUAUGAGUUAGAGAUUGUACCGGACAAAAGUUAUGGAUCGUACAAUAAAGAUACAAAGAAAUGGGACGGCCUUAUUGGGCAUUUGAUAGAAAGGAAGGCAGAUUUGGCUAUUUGCGAUCUCACCAUUACUUAUGAGAGACGUUCAGCUGUGGACUUUACAACGCCGUUUAUGACAUUGGGGAUCAGUAUUCUGUAUUCAAAGCCCAAACCGCCGGAACCCGAGCUAUUCUCAUUUCUAAAGCCUUUCUCAGUUGACGUUUGGAUCUACAUGGCCGCGGCUUAUUUAAUGGUUUCGUUAUUGCUUCAUAUUUUAGCCAGGCUCGCGCCAAAUGAUUGGGAGAACCCGCAUCCAUGUGAUAAGUCUCCAGAGGAAUUGGAGAAUAUUUGGCAUAUCAAGAAUUCUUGCUGGCUUACCGUUGGAUCGAUUAUGACACAAGGAUCUGAUAUAUUGCCAAAAGGCUACUCAACUCGCUGGGUGUGCGGUAUGUGGUGGUUUUUCGCUCUCAUUAUGUGCUCGUCUUACACUGCAAACUUAGCUGCCUUUUUAACAAACGCCGCUAUGGAUGAUUCAAUAAAGAGCGCCGAAGACUUAGCUAUGCAAACUAAAAUUAAAUUUGGCACCGUGGAUGGCGGUUCCACUUCUAGUUUUUUUAAGAGAUCUAAUGUGUCUACAUACCAACGCAUGUGGACAGCAAUGGAAUCAGCACGACCGUCGGUGUUUGUGAAGAACAAUGAUGAAGGAGUCGAGAGAGUGAACAAGGGGAAGCGGCAAUACGCCUUUCUCAUGGAAUCCACUGCCAUCGAGUACCAGUUAGAGCGACACUGCGACCUUAUGCAAGUUGGAGGUUUGCUUGACUCCAAAGGAUAUGGAAUUGCAAUGCCUUUCUUUUCAUCCUAUCGCACUGCAGUAGACAACGCUGUACUAAAAUUAGCCGAAAGCGGUAAAUUAGUGGAACUGAAAAAUAGAUGGUGGAAACUUCCAGAAGAUGCACCUAAGAAGUGUGUUCUUGAGGAAGCGACAGACGAUGGUGCAAGUGCUGCGGAACUAGGUGUGGACAAUGUAGGUGGAGUAUUUGUUGUGCUAGGCAUAGGCUGUGGCAUGGCCGCUAGCAUGGGUGCUUUAGAGUUUCUUUGGCACGUGAAAGAUGUGGCGAUUGAGCAGAAGAUGACUCAAUCGGAAGCUUUUUGGGCGGAAUUGGCGUUCGCGUUGAGUUUCUGGGAGACUGAGAAACCUGUAGAGCAUUCAAGGCCGUCUUCGUCUGCAUCAGGGGAUAUGGCUUCAAGAGCUUCAUCGGUUUUAAGAUCGGCCGCUGAUUUAUUUAGCAUCGAUAUGUUUAAUAAACAUUGA